UUAGCACCAACGACUGGAUCACCAACAGAUCCAACGACUGUACCAACAACACAGCCAACAACAACUUUAGCACCAACGACUGAUUCACCAACGGAUCCAACGACUGUACCAACAACACAACCCACAACAACUGUAACAACAACGACCGUAUCACCAACAGAUCCAACGACUGUACCAACAACACAGUCUACAACAACUGAUCCACCAACAGUUCCAACGACACUACCAACAACGCAACCUAUAGUACCAGCGAAUAUAAUUAUAGACAAUUUGCCAACAACACUAACUACGACGCAGCCGACAACGAUGUCUCCAAUUACUGUUACAACAUUGCCGCCAACUUUGCCUGAUACCCCCGCUCCAAGUUCUCCCACUUGCCCACCACCAGCAUGUAAUUGUUGCAACCUUCCGACAACCACACCACUUUGCUUACCUAAUCCACCAACUACUCAACAAAACUGUUCUCCAUACUAUCCAAGUAUGCCGUAUAUGCCUUUCCAGCCCAUCCCAUAUUUGUUUCCUAUUCCUGUGGCUCCUCAAAGCCAGAAUUGUGGACUUCAAGCAGGCAUGAUAUCAGCGCAAUCAAUUCUUUCAUCGGCACAACAAACUGCACCAUUUUCUUUUGCUUCUGCACCGAUUAUGAUGCCCAUACAACCAAAUAUUUUACCGCAACAAGCAGUGCUACCAUUUUCCUUUGGUUCUAUGUCGAGCAUAAUACCCGUUCAAUCUAACAUUUUAUCGCAACAAGCAGUGUUGCCGCUUUCCAUUGGAUCUGUGCCUAGCCUCAUGCCCACGCAAACAAAUAUUUUACCGUUGCAGCUGCCACAGUUCAGUUUGUUUGCCCCAAGAUCUACGUAACCUCACUUACAUCUAGAAUUUACGAGUAUAAUUAUUUAAGUAACCGAAGAGGCCGAAGAAAGAAACUGGUUUUCAAAGAAGUAUUAGUGGUCUCGAAUCUAUAUGUUCAGUAAGCAAUAAAAAC